CUCCACAGACCAACAGCACUAUUUGACAUGGCCUCCAAGACCGUACUGUGUGUUCUGCUGCUGACGGCUCUUGUGCUCACCGUCUGUGCUGACCCGGCCAAUAUCGGCACGUGCAUCCGCAACUGUGCGCAGUGCAAGAAAAUGUUCGGCUCUUACUUCGAGGGCCAGCUGUGCGCCGACUCCUGCCUCAAGUUCAAGGGCAAGCUGAUACCGGACUGCGAGGACGUAGCGUCCAUCGCUCCCUUCCUCAACAAGUUCGAGUAGAGCUGCUGGAGAUCUGGAGCCUUGGAGUCUAUGGAGCCAAGAAGACGUCUCUUACUGUGCUACCGCUUAGGUGCUAAAAGCAACCCAUAUAGCUAAUGUAAGCGUGUGAUGUAUUACUGUCAAAGGUUGCUUUGUAAGUAA